AUGUAUCAUGAAGUUUGGACCAAAUUCUCAUCUAAGGGCCUUCCGGUUCUCGUCCCUACUCUUGGUGGUCGAAAAGAGAUCUUCCUCCCCCAUAGAUCCAUCAAGUGGCUACUGUCGCAGCCCAGUGACGUACUGGGCAUGUGGGAGGCCUUCAACGAGAUGUUCCAGCUCCACCAUAGUCUAGGGGAUUCCAAGUACAUGCUGGACACGUGGGCCGUCGAUGUCACUCGCAAAGCACUGAGCCAGGAGCUCGAGGAAUUCAUUGACCCUGUAAGGGAGGAGCUAGAACUCUCCAUAGAUGAACUACUCGGAAAAGAUUCAGACAACUGGAAGACUGUGGAUCUGAUGGAGACGACACGCAUGAUCAUCAACCGAUCAGGCGGACGGUUCACUGUUGGGCUCUUGUGCCGAGACAAGGCAUAUCUUGAAUCAGCCAUCAACAGCAUCGAGAUGAUUGUCUCUAGUGCCGGCGCCCUCGGCUUCCUUCCGGUCUUUGCCCGCGCUCUUAUCGGUCGCUUGAGCGCAUACAGCGCACUCAAGAAUCUUGAAAAGCGCUGCAGGGGACUGCUUCAGGAAAGGUUCGACCUUGUUGCGACGAAUCCCCAUGACAAGUCAAAGGACCCCAUCGAUCUUAUCCAGCGAAUGAUUCGGGUGGCCGCAGUCAAACGACCCGAGGAGAUGAACCUCCACGCCAUGAACCGGCGCCUGAUCAUGGCCAACCUGGGAUUCAUUUACCAAGUUGGGUUUGCUGCUACCAAUGCACUGCGUAACAUUCUGGAUUCAGACGAGGAGUAUGACACGGUUGAGAUCCUGCGUGCUGAGGCGCAGCGUUUUGAAGAUGCUGCCGGCGGAGAUCCGCGCAAACUGUGGACAAAGGCAAACAUUGCCCAAAUGUUCUUUGCCGACAGCGUCGCCCGUGAGACUAUGCGAACCCACACCGUCACCAACCGGGCUAUGGUCCGCCAGGUCAUGGUAGACGGUGUGCACACUGACACCGGCCUCGCCUUGCCCAAGGGGACUCUAGUCUCCGUCGUCAGCCAGCCCAUGUACACCGACGAGAACCACUUCCCCAACCCCAACGCCUUCGACCCCUUUCGCUUUGUCAAGCUACGAGACGACGACUUGAAGCAACAGGAAACGCAGAAACCCAGUCAGACUGAUGCCAUCGCCGACUCGACGGCGAAGCAGGUGGGCGGCAGCUGGAGCCCGCACGCCUUGAUCUCUACUGCGAACCUCCUCAUCUUUGGACGUGGCCGUACGUCGUGCCCAGGGCGGUUCCUAGUCGAUUUCCAGCUCAAGAUGCUCAUACAUCACCUUGUCCUCAACUAUGACAUCAAGCUUGCUGACACACAGGCCAAAAGUCCCACGAAUGGCUGGCUAUUUGAGUUUCUUUUCCCGCCAAAGGGCGUGAAGAUUUUGGUGAAGCGCAGGGACAAGAACAAUGCCACUCUUUCUAAACCCGUCUCCAUCUAG